UAAAUGCCUUUUGCUCAUCUCUAUGAAAUAAAAAAGGCUCUUCUUCGUUGCCGGAUAUCUGCUUGGGAUUUAAAUUCCCUGUUCUUUGUUUUCUCGAACAUUUCUAUUUAAAAAUCUGAUUUUGAUUUAUUAAUAUCAGAAGCAAUGUUUUCUUCAAGCAAGAUCAAAUCCGUCGAUUUCUACAGGAAGAUCCCUAGAGAUUUGACAGAGGCAUCAUUAUCUGGUGCAGGGCUAUCCAUUAUAGCAGCACUUGCUAUUAUGUUUUUAUUUGGAAUGGAAUUGAAUGAUUAUUUAACAGUCAGCACGACAACAUCUAUUGUUGUUGACAAUAGUUCUGAUGGGGACUUUCUACGCAUUGAUUUCAACAUCAGUUUUCCAGCGCUAUCAUGUGAAUUUGCAUCCGUUGACGUGAGUGACGUCUUGGGAACUAACAGGUUGAAUGUAACAAAAACAAUCCGAAAGUUUUCGAUAGAUCCACAUUUAAGACCCACUGGUGCUGAGUUUCAUUCCGGACCUCUUCCUCAUUACAUUAAGCAUGGAGAUGAAGUUGAUGAAGAAACCAAUGAAGGUUCUGUAGCAUUAAAUAGUGCUAGCUUUGACAAGCUUUCACAUCAGUAUCAAAUUUUAGUUGUCAAUUUUUAUGCUCCUUGGUGCUACUGGAGUACUCGCCUGAAAGCGUCAUGGGAGAAAGCUGCCAAGAUAAUAAAACAGAGAUAUGAUCCAGAAGUAGAUGGGCGUAUUCUUCUGGCAAAGGUUGAUUGUACUGAAGAAGUUGACUUGUGUAGGAGAAAUCACAUUCAAGGGUACCCAUCCAUUCGAAUUUUUCGUAAAGGCAGUGAUGUGAGGGAGACCCACGGACACCACGAGCAUGAAUCUUAUUAUGGAGAUCGUGAUACAGACACUCUGGUUAAGACGAUGGAAGAUUUGGUUGAUUCUAUUCCACAGGAGGACAAGAAGAUAGCUUUAGAGGAUAAAUCUAAUGUUACAAAAAGACCAGCACCAUUGUCGGGAGGAUGCAGAAUUGAGGGCUACGUGCGUGUAAAGAAGGUUCCUGGCAACCUUAUAAUCUCUGCUCGAUCAGGAUCCCAUUCUUUUGAUGCUUCUAAAAUGAACAUGUCUCACGUCAUAAGCCAUCUUUCAUUUGGUAAAACAGUUUCACCUCAGGUUUUGAAUGAUGUCAAGCGAUUAAUACCUUACCUUGGUAGGAGCCAUGACAAGUUGAAUGGUCGGUCAUUCAUCAAUCACCGCGAUUUAGAUGCAAAUGUUACUAUAGAGCACUACCUUCAAGUAGUCAAAACAGAGGUCGUUACAACAAAGUCUUCUCAUGACCAUAGAAUUAUCGAGGAAUAUGAGUACACAGCGCACAGCAGUCUGGCACAGAGUGUGUACAUACCUGUUGCGAAGUUUCAUUUUGAGUUAUCUCCGAUGCAGGUUUUGGUAACAGAAGACUCAAAAUCAUUUUCACAUUUUCUCACCAAUGUCUGCGCUAUAAUUGGUGGUGUUUUCACGGUUGCUGGGAUAUUGGAUUCAAUUUUUCAUAAUACAAUUAGGCUAAUGAAAAAAGUAGAAAUAGGCAAAAAUUAUUGAUAGGCAGGCAAAAAGGAACUUGUUAUUCUGUAGAGUUCUAAUUAGUGAAGAGUUUUCCAAGGGAACACAAGUCCAAAUGUAGCCCCUUUACAUAUAAAAUGAAGCCCAAGAAUUUUAUUUCA